CUCAACUGACAAUCCUGCAUUUCCGUGCGUGCGUCUGUAACUUAUAUAUUAUUCACAGCGUCACCCCGUUCCUCAUUCAUAUAUUCAUAAUUUGAUCAUGUCUACUUCUCCUAUGCAAGCUGAGGUUCUUGUAUCGGGCGCAGGUCCCGUAGGCCUAUUCUUCGCAUACCAAAUGGCCGAGUACGGUCAUUCGGUAAUCAUCAUUGACAAGAAAUCCGGACCAACGGCCGAAAGCCGUGCAUUCUUUGUCACUUCGAGAACACUUGAACUUCUGGACCACCACGGUCUUGCACAGCAAUUGCUGAAAGAGGCCAACAUUAUGCGUGGUACACAGCUCUUCGUCGAGGGUAGCCUGGCUGGACGUGCAACACCAGAUGAUACUAUUGAAACUCUAUUUCCCCAAAUCACGAUUGUACCACAAUCCAAGACCGAAACGGCGUUUGUGAAUGCUUUGGCGAACACGAAUACAGAUAUCUUAUGGAACACAGAGUUAAUCUCCUAUCAGCAAAACGAAGAAGGUGUGGUAGCCACCGUACUGUCAAAAGAUAGACAAGAAAAGAAAAUCGAAGCAAAGUAUAUUAUCGGUGCCGACGGUUGCCACUCUGUGGUACGAAAACGAGGCAAAGGAUGGACUUACGAAGGGGUUGUCAUCGAGAACAAAUUUGCCUUGGCGGACGUCACAUUGUCAGGCUCCGGUGUGGAUAUGCUUGCUAACCAUGUCAACGGGUUUUUCCAUCCUGAUGGCUUAACGCUGGUGGUGCCCAUUCCAAAUCCAGAAGAUAAAGCACUUUUCCGCGUUAUUGGCAGCAUGGGCCAACCAAGCACAACCACUCAUACCGAUUCAUCUGUAACGCACGGGAUCGCCUCACAGGCCCAGUCAAAUACACUUAUCGAGCUGGAAACCAUUCAAAAAAUAAUUGAUGAACGGAUGAAGCCCCUACAAAUUACAGCUGCCGAUCCGAUAUGGAUGACUUAUUUUCGCGUCAAUGAAAGAAAAGCCAACGGAUUCCGCAGAACGAGGGCUUUUGUCAUGGGAGAUGCUGCACAUUGUCAUUCACCCGCGGGUGGUCAAGGCAUGAAUCUCGGGUUGCAGGAUGGUUAGUGAAAAAACGUGGCUGAUUAUCCUCGAACUUAAUGUACCCUUUUAUGCGGCCUUUUUAGCCAACAAUCUUGCAUGGAAAUUAUCGCUUGUCCUCAAGGGUUUGUCAAAUGACCCCGAAAUGUUACUCGAUUCCUACAGUUUAGAGCGUGAACCCGUUGCCGAGCGGACAAUAAAAGAAACCGGAAAUGUUACCCGUCUAGGCUUGCUAAAUUCUGCUGCUUUAAGUAAGUAAUGACAGUGCUUCAAUAACCAAUA